UAUUACACUCCUGCAGCCGCCGGCAGAUGGCGCUCCCCCUCACGUCAGCUGCAGUCAGACCUAAGUGAAGUCGAACGCACCCAAUGGCUCCUCCCCAUUCCCAAUUAUCAAAAAACCCACUAAUUGAAUGGGUCGCGUAAUUAUCGCUAUGAAUUCUGGGAGUCUGUGCAACUUCAAGACCGCAGCUCUCGUGUUACUUAUAACAAGGAAGGAAUAUUAUUCUAUAUUUUUAAUGGCGACCGAAUGAUUAAUUGAUGUAAUGUAGUGUUUCAUUCUAUAUCCUGUUUUGAUAAGAUAUCGACAUUUCGUAAACAUUCGAUAUACAGUUAAACCAUAAUUGGUCCGUCUUGUUUCUUUGUCACCCAGAAACUUCACAACUGUGUUGUGAGCGGAUUUUCAGCGCUUAUAUGUUUUUAAACUUGUCUUAAAAAUUUGUGGUACUUCUACGUUUCUGCGCUUUUGUAAAUGUAGAUCGUAUGUUUCGUCAUUUGAUUAAAGCGUUUGAAGACUUUGCAGCGCGCUGACACCAAUCGGCCACCGUAGCUUAGCAACCGAAUCAUAACAAUUCUUUUCCGUUUAGAGUUUUCAUUUGAACAUUUAAAGCAGCUCAGACUUGCAGUUUAUCAGCAAGAGAGAAGACACGAAAGAUGUCCAUCGUGAAAACCACCGUGAAUCUCCAGAGGAUUGACUGGCUGCUGCCGAAAGGUGCAGUCAGUGUGCGGAUCGCCCCGGAAUACAUCCCCGGUCCAGUUGGCCGAGGACAAACCAGUUCCAGUGAUGCUGGCCGUCGGAAGAAGUGCCGCACCAGGCCGCCGGCAGCCAGCUCCCUGACCACGUCUGCCUCUCCUGGAUCUGCUGCCAUCCCGGUGGCAACCAGCAGGGGUCAGCAGGGCACAGGCCGCCGUAGAAAAACGGCAGGAGGCCGGUCAGGGCGAAGAAGGAGGUAUGACCAACAGAAGGGGUUAGAGCCUAAGCCCAGCUCACCAACCUUCUCCUCCUCUUCAUUUUUAUUUCCGUCUUCAGUCCCCUCCCCUUUUGUUUCAUCCCCAUUUCUUUUUAUGGGCUCCUCUGUUUUAUCGCCACACUUACUCACACCUGUAAGCCCAGCUCCACAUCCAUUUUCAGCUCCAGGCCUGGUUCAUCUGACCCCUCUGCUUCAGGCUCCAGCACAGGCUGUAGCCGCCUCAUCUCACCUGGAAAAAUUCUAUUGGUUGUAUAACUAUUAUGUAACAAAGUACUCUAAAAUGACCUAUGACGCCAAGUGCUUUACUGAGUACUGGUGUCAGGAGUUUUGGAACAGACAUUUAAAUGAAAUUAACUUAGCGAAACAGGGGAAGAAUGAGGAUAAUGAGGGUACUCAUUCAACCAAGAGGCGUAGGAUUGAUGAAGAUGAGUUCAUCUUUCCUAUUGAUGCACUGGAGCAGCUAAGUACCAUGCCCAGGGCUCAGGAGAUGGGUGUGGAAAUGGGCUAUCAGUCAGAUGCACAUAGCUACAUUUCCCUGUAGAUUCAGCACAUAAUUACACAAGAGUUGUCAUACAUACUUAGGAUAAGAUAAAAUACCAUGUAGUUCUAUAGCAUAAGGUACUAUAGGAUAAGAUUAUGAUAGGAUAAGGUUAAGAUUGUAUAUAAUAAGAUAGGACAAGUUAAGAUAGUCUUAACUUGUAUGCCAUUUUAUGUUUUACAAAGACAUGAUAAAUUACCAUAAGUUUAGGAUACGAUUAUAUAAGAUAACAUAGUAUAAGAAUAAGAUAGGAUUGCAUAGCAUAAGAUAAGAAAGAUAGGAUAAGAUAACAUAGAAUAAAAUUAAGAUAGGAUAGGUUACGGUAAGCUUAAGAUUGUAUAACAUAGGAUUAGAUUAAUUAUAAAUAAAGCAGUCCUCCUUAGAGGGGGGGUGGUGGAGGGAAUAUUUAAAAAAUAAAAAUAGGAUUAGUUAACAUAAGGUUAAGAUAAGAUUGUAUAACAUAGGAUUAGAUUAAUUAUAAAUAAAGCAGUCCUCCUUAGAGGGGGGGUGGUGGAGGGAAUAUUUAAGAAAUAAAAAUAGGGUUAGUUAACAUAAGGUUAAGAUAAGAUUGUAUAACAUAGGAUUAGAUUAAUUAUAAAUAAAGCAGUCCUCCUUAGAGGGGGGGUGGUGGAGGGAAUAUUUAAGAAAUAAAAAUAGGGUUAGUUAACAUAAGGUUAAGAUAAGAUUGUAUAACAUAGGAUUAGAUUAAUUAUAAAUAAAGCAGUCCUCCUCAGAGGGGGGUGGUGGAGGGAAUAUUUAAGAAAUAAAAAUAGGGUUAGUUAACAUAAGGUUAAGAUAAGAUUGUAUAACAUAGGAUUAGAUUAAUUAUAAAUAAAGCAGUCCUCCUCAGAGGGGGGGUGGUGGAGGGAAUAUUUAAGAAAUAAAAAUAGGAUCAGUUAACAUAAGGUAAAGAUAAGAUUGUAUAACAUAGGAUUAGAUUAAUUAUAAAUAAAGCAGUCCUCCUUAGAGGGGGGGUGGUGGAGGGAAUAUUUAAGAAAUAAAAAUAGGAUUAAUUCAGAAGGUUAAGAUAAGAUUGUAUAACAUAGGAUUAGAUUAAUUAUAAAUAAAGCAGUCCUCCUUAGAGGGGGGUUGGUGGAGGGAAUAUUUUAAGAAAUAAAAAUAGGAUCAGUUAACAUAAGGUUAAGAUAAGAUUGUAUAACAGGGCUACAGUGAAGAAAUCAAAAAUUUCAAGGCAGCAUGAAGGUAACGCACAAUCAGGGAUGUGCAAUUUCUGAGGCAUGUAUUCAAAAAAAGUAUUUUAAUUGUGUUUUAUGAUUCAUAUUUGACUUAGUUCAUGAAAUAAAAUGUUUUUUUCUACA